CACGGAUUCCCAUUGAUGAACUGUUUGCUGAUGUAUGUAUAUCCGCGGUGUUCAGUGAGCACGAUGUCAACACUACCUGCGGGCUUCCAAACGAGCCCGACAAUAGCUAGACAAUGUCUAUUAGGUUACUGAUGCUAGGAUAAUGACAAUUGAAAAGGGACAGCCACCAGCGCAAGCCGGGCUCGCAAAUUCCGUAAGCGAGACCCCACCAAAUGCUGCGGCAAGGAGUCAGCGCGCUGCGAACCUGGGGGACGUUGCUACCUGGCUUCAAAAGCCGCCGGAAGCCCGCACGUCUGAGCAGGUCUCCUUCAUCGCCUCCCUGCUGACCCACUUCCCCAAACUGCGGGAGGCGGGGCAAGUGGUGCUGGCGGUGCUGGUGCAACAGGUCCGCGCCGAGGCCCACCCGCGCGGCGCUGUGCUGUGGCGCCAGGGCGAGGCGCCCGCCUCGGCCUUCCUGCUGCUGGGGGGCGCAGUGGCGCUGAGCGAUGCAGGGAAGAAGCGGCGCUCCAGCUCCAGCGGCGCUCCAGCGGAGCACCAGCACAACCGAUGGGGAGGUGCAGGCGCCGACGACCCCGCUGCUGCCACACAUGGCCAGCUGCUGCAGCGCUGCUCGCCUGGAGACGUAUUCGGCGACGAGGCGCUGUUGGCAGGCAUACGGCGGCCCUGCAGGGCGGUGGUGGAGAGCGAGGUGGCGGUGGUGGCCGAGGUGCCGAGGGAGCUGUUCAACGCCACCAUCGGGCCGGCGGUGCGGGCCGUGUACGGCCAGAAGGUUGAGUUCCUUACCAGCCUGCCGGUGUUCGGCAAGAUGCCGCGGCGGGUGGUGGAGCGACUGGCGCCAGCCUUCUUCCCCGUGAGCCAGUGCUCCAAGGAGGUGCUGUGCCGCCAGGGCGACACCGCAGACUGCCUGUGGGCCAUUGUGUCGGGCAGGUGCCACGUGGUGAUAGACCCCCGCUGGCACGCCGAGCUCACCAGCCGGCCGCCCGACACAGACCCCCGCCGCACCACACAGGUGGCCAGUGUGCAGAUGGGCCAGCUCAUCGGCGACAUGGCGGUCAUCGGGAACAUGAGGCGCCGCACAGCGACUGUGCGCUGCGCCACGGACGUACUGCUGUACCGCCUGCAGCGACACCACUUCCUCAAGCUGUGCCCGCCGCAGCAGCUGGAGGAGCUGCGGGCCAUAGGCGAGGCCAAGAUGCUGAUGCUGGUGCGCGCGGUGGCGGAGGAGCGCGGCGCGGCGCAUGCACGCAGCCGGGUGCUGGCGGGGCGGGACCUGCGGGAGCUACAGCCUCGGUACCGGGCCCAGGCGCUGCGGGAGCUGGUGUCAGAGCAGCUGGAGCCGGGUGCUGCCGGCACCAGCAGUAGCAGCACCGCCGGCGCGGCAUUGGUCAUCGCACCAGCUGCUACAGCCUAUGCUGCUACAGCCGGCGCCGGCGCCGCCUCCAGCCGGACUCCCGCCUCGCGGCCGGGCUCCCCCGCAGUGCACUUUGCGGCUGGCCAGGCCGCUGCCGCCGCCGCCGCCGCCGCCGGAACCCAUGGCCACCCGGCUACAGCCGCCGCCGGGCUGGCCCUUGCCGCCGCCUCGCCUAGCCGCCAGUACGCAGUCGUCUCACCCGCGCCGCCACCAUCGCCGCAGCCGCGGGCGGCUGACCCAGCGGUAGAAGGCGCUUCGGCCGCAGCUCCUGGCGACACUGGGGUGCACGGCGCCGAAGCAGGUGGUGCAGGGGGCGAUGGGACCGAGGGAAAUCAAGGGACCGACAGCGAUGCAGCCGCGGGCGAUGGCGGCAUGCGGGAAGGGGACGACAUCGAUGCGCCGCCCGCAGUCCUGGAUUUGGAUUCAGGCAAGGUGGUGCCGAAUGCCUGGGGCGCGGUGUCCGCUGUGGCGUGGGCUUGGGCGCGGGUGCCGCUGGCUGCGCAGCAGCAGCAGGCGGCGGCGGUGGCGGCGGGCGACCUGGCGGCGGCGGCGGCGGCGGCGCGGCGGCUGGAGGCGGCGCUGCUGGACCUGGGCGUAGUUAGCAGCACGGCGGCCGAGGGCGGCGCGAGCGAGCGGCAAACGGGGACACACGGCGGUACGGAAAAGGAGGAGGGGCAGGAGGCAGCGCAUGACGGCGGCGGGGAAGGUCGGGGAAGGCCGGCAUCCGCUGCCGUCCUGGCGGCGCCGCCGGCGCCGAUCUCGGUCGCGGCACGGCCCUUUGGCUGGCCCUACGCCUUCCUGCACCCGCCGCGGCCGGCCACCGCCACAGGCUCACACGGCGACUCCGCUGCCGCUGCGGCGCAGCGUCGCACGCCGCCGCCGUCGCCCGGAGGCACCAGCAGCAGUCCGCCCCGCAGCCCGCAGCACCGCGGCCGCGGCACCGGUGCCAUGGCUGUGUCAGUGUCGGGCGCAGAGGUGACCAUUGCCACACACGAGGCCGGGGUGCCGGGCGUGCUGGGGAAGCCGCCGCCGCCCCUGUCACCCCUGUCGCCCCUGCCGCAUUUCUGGUCCCCGUCCGCCUCACCGCCGGCUUCGCCCCAGCGCGUGUUGCCGGUGUCACCGCAUCCGGCCGCGGUGUACCUGGGCGCCCGUGCACCCGGUGGUGGUGUCGGGGCAGAGUCAGCAGAGGCGGCGGCGACGGCACCGCCGCCGCCGCCGCGGUAUGUACAGGGCAGCAACGGGCACGCAUACAGCUACGCAUAUGUGGACCAUUUCCCACUGUCGCCAGUGCCGCUGCCGCCGCAAGCAGCAGCACCGCUUGCAAUGGACGAGUUGCCGGAAGCCGGCUACAGUGAUGACGAGCCGGAGGAGGGCGGCGCGGGUGCGACAGCAGGUACAGCCGACGCGGCUGCAGCCAGUGGCGGCGCCGCCGUGCGACAGCUACUGCCGCUGGUGCCACUGCAGCUACUGCCGCUGGUGGACUUCAGCUGGAGCAUCGGGCCGGGCAGCAUCCUGCACCUACUCACGGCGGACCCGCAGGCAGGGCCGAAUGACCCGGCAUCGCCGGUGUCAGCAGCAGCAGAGCGGCCGCUGGCAGCGGUUCGGGCGGCGCUUUCUCGGCCAACUACUGCGUCUGGCCCGGGGCUAGGGACAGGACAUGGGGUCGGCAGUACGGCAGGCACCCGUAUGACCUCGGUGCGCCCCCUCACUGCCGCCCUGGCUACAGCCGCCGCAGCAGCAGCAGCCGCACACGCUGGCAGUAGCCGCUGCAGCACUCCCGACACGCCGGGGCCCUGGAGCCCCGUGCGGGGCAGUCCGCUGCAGCAGCAGCCGCAGGCAUGGAGCCCCGUGGGGCGGGCAACGGCGGUUGUGACAGGCGCGUCGGCAGCGGCGGGGAUGGCGGCGGCGGCGCACGGCGGGGCGGCGGCUCCGGCGCAGCCACAUGCUCAUGCGCACCAUCUCAGUGCCGCGACUGGUGCAGCUGCUGGCGGUGCAGCUGCUGGCAUGGGGCCGCACGGCGGCGCAGAUGGCGCAGAUGGCGGGCCCGGGCUCUUCAUCUCGCAGGCGCCUGCAUCACCGGUUCGAGGUCAUGCCGCCAGUCCCAGCCGUGCUCCUGUGUAUGCCCACGUGCUGGCCUCACCGCACCACCCAUCCCAGCACCCGGCAGCACACGUCCACCAGGCCCCGGCCCCCACCAGCCGCGCGGGCCUGCACAGCCGCGGAGGUGGCGGCGGGGGCGCCGGUGCCCGGGAGGGGAGUGCGCGGCAUUACCACCAGCAGGCGUUGCGGCAGCACGACGGCCGCUGGGCCAGUCCCGGCGGCAGUAGCCAGGCCUCCAGAAGCCCUUCUCCCGACUUGCAGCUGCUGCCGAACCCAGCUGCUACAGCCACAGGGAGCACAGCAGCCCGCGGCCCGGCGGCACAGCUACAGCCGCCUCCGCAGCAACCACAGCAGCAGCAGCUGCAGCAGCUGCAGCGGCAGCCCACGUGGCAAGGCGUUACGUCGAACGACCCGUACGCACGUGCGCGUGUGGGUGGCGACCCCGCAGCGCUGUACGGCGUGUUCCAACCGCCGCCCACAGCCGCCGGCAGCCGCCACCCGGCUGGGCCUGGCGUUGCCGCGGCUGCGGCUGGGGCUACCACGGCCUCACUGCACGGCCGGUCCAUUCCACAUCAGCAGCACCAGCCGUGCCAGGAGCAGCAGCAGCAGCCGCAGCAGCUGGUGCUGAGCACAGGCGGCGGCCUGCGGCUACAGGCCGUCGGCGCUCCGGCAGGCGUGCUGUCCGUCGUGCCGGCGGCGGCCUUCCCGGCAGCAGCUGUAGCAGGAGCCGCCACGUCAGCUGCUGCUCCCGCCGCGGCGGGGACUGGUGGUCGGCGCUACAGCUACUCGUCACCGUCACAGCUGGCAGGCGCUGCCACUGGGCAGGCGGCAGCCGCACAGCAGCUGCCGUCACCGCCCCUGAAGCACGGCCAAUCCGUAUCUGGCGCGGUUGACGGCUUGCCGUCGGCAGCACCUCAUCAGCAUCAGCAACCGCACAUGUUGCUGCGCCCGCCGCUGUCGCUGCCAACCCCAAACUCCAGACCUGUAUCGGCUCUGGGCAGCCCCGGCGGCGGCUACACCGGCGUGUCCUCAGGCGGCCCAGCCUCUCCCUCGCCGUCCCACCAGCAGCAGCACCUGCUGCCGCCGCGCCAGCAGCAGCGCCUGCAGUCCGCUUCCAACGCCGCCGCCGCCGGCAGCACCCACAGCGGAGCUGGCGCUGGUCCGCGCCGCUCCGCCCAUUCCAUGCCCAAUGCAGCACCGGCCACUGCAGGAGCAGGAGGGGGUGCGGGCGCCCCGCCGCCGCCGAACUCCCUGGCUGCCUGCCUGGCCUCCCCGCCGCCGCUGCCCACCCUGCACAUCCAGCAGGGGGGGCUCAGCUGGGGGGUGGCGCCCGUGGCCUCCAUGUCCAUGACUACGUCUGCGUCAGCGCACACGGCAGCGCCAGCAGGGGGCCGCAGCAGCGGCGCUGGCGGCGUCAGAACCAGUGUCAGCGUUAGUGGCGAGACCGGGGCGCAGGCAGGCGCUGGUGUUGGCGGCGGCGGCCUGGGCGGCAGCAGCGCGAGCCACAAGGCUGUGCUAGGCAGCCCGGGCUGGUGGGCGGAGAGCGCCGCCGCAGCGGGUGCCGCCGCCGCCGCCGCCAACGCCGGAGGCUCAGUCGCCACCGCUGCGUCCCCUCGAUCCCAGCAGCCUGCCGGGGCCAGUAGUAGCAGCAGCGGCGCGGCGGCCAAGCCGUAUGCGCCCAAGUCGGCGAGUGCCACCGCGCUGGCGACGCUGGUGGCGAGCAGCGGCGGCGGGGGCGGCGGCGCGCGCAAGAGCCUGCCAGCCAGUGUGAAGGACCCGCCCGUGAUCCUCAAGGGCGGCCUCAUGUUCCGGCCCACGGUGGCGGCCGGCCGCAACGGCGGCACCUCCAACGCCUCGGCGCUGGUGGCCAGCGGGGCGGUGGGCAACGGCACGGCGGGCGCGGCGGUGGCGCGGCUGCUGCAGCACCAGCAGCACCAGCGCCAGCAGCAGCGGCAGCGGUAGGGGUAGCGGUGGGGUAGGGGUACCAGAAGUGGCAGCUAGCGGAAGCGGGAGCGAGCGGAGGUGGCAGUUGUUGGUGGCUUUUUGCAAUUGGUGCGAGCAUGUAAUUAUUGCGUUUUGUGCGAGGCGUGCGUGGCCAUGGACAUGGAGGGCGACUUGCAUCACUGCCGGGUGCGUGUCGCCGUUGCUGGGUAAGUGGCCGAGGAGUUGCCGCUGCAGCGUGCAUGGAAGUGGCGUGAGCGCAUGACUGUCACGCAGAUGACUUGGUGUGACGUGCUGAUCCAGACCAGUCGCACCAGUUGCAUACCGUACCAUGCGCUUCUUAUGCAUUUCAACAGCGCUUCGCUUGGCCUCGCUUCGCUCAAUCUUGACUGGAGACAAGAUAGGAGCCCUGAGAUUUCUUGAGUAGUUUCAGAAGAGGACAGUAAGUCUGACGAAAGUGUUUGUGUGCGGAGUGAGGGCCACCCCGGCCGGGGCCCCUGGUCAGGAUUGCAGGAAGGCAAGUUCGUGCGCACCAUGCUGUAAGCACACACGAAC